UUCGAAACUGGCGGGCAGCAUUUAACUUGGUGGACCGCAGGCUGGGCAGGUCUGCGUUAUGCAAAGGGACCGAGAGGAUACAAAUCGAAAUCAAAGGACACUUUGCGGGAGUUUUCUUUGGAAGAAUUCAGGAGGAUCCUUCUCUGCAUGCAACCGAAAGUCAAGCAGGGUCAUAAAUCACCAAGCAACAAAAUGGCACAGCUGAGUAUUACUAACAAGGAAGGUCAGGGUUUCAGAGGCAGGAGAUGGGCGCUUUCCCAGGAACCGCAUCUCCCGUUCCCAGUCCCACCCUAUUUUUCAUCCUUUCCCUAGAUAUAUAUUCCGCCCAUCAUUCCUCUGGCAGAAGGAAAGAUCGUGGCAAUCCCUUUCUGCACCGUGGCUUGACUUCCCAAUUGCCGCUUCCGCCAUGAAGAAUGAAGCUUGCUCGUUGGCCUUUUUCAGAGCCGUCUUUGCCGAGUUCUUGGCCACCAUGAUAUUUGUGCUUAUCGGGGUGGGCUCGGCCUUGAAUUGGCCGUCGGCACUCCCACAGAUGGUGCAGAUUUCCAUGGCCUUUGGCUUGGCCAUCGCCACCCUCGUCCAGUCCGUGGGCCAUGUCAGCGGGGCUCACAUCAACCCAGCGGUGACAGUGGCCCUCCUCGUGGCACAAAAGAUUUCAGUGGUACGAUCGGUGGCCUACGUUGUGGCUCAGAUGUUGGGAGCGAUAGCUGGGGCAGGGGUGAUCCACCAGCUCACUCCAGCCGAUAUCCGAGGGACCCUGGCCGUCAAUGCGCUGCACAACAACACAGGAGCAGGACAGGCAGUUGCAGUAGAGCUGAUUCUGACCUUCCUGCUGGUCCUCUGCGUCUUCGCCUCGACGGACAGCCGCAGAACUGAUGUUGUGGGCUCCCCGGCGUUAUCUAUCGGACUUUCAGUCACGGUCGGCCAUUUCCUAGGGAUCUAUUUCACGGGCUGCUCGAUGAAUCCUGCACGGUCUUUUGGCCCCGCUGUCAUAAUGGCAAACUUCCAAGAUCAUUGGAUCUUUUGGGUGGGACCUCUGGCGGGCGGCAUUGUGGCCUCUCUGAUCUACAACAUCAUCCUCGCUCCUGACACAAGAAGCCUAUCCGAGAGGCUUGAUGUUCUGAAAGGGACCUACCAACCUGAAGAUGACUGGGUGGAGAAGAAUGAUCAGAAGUACUCAACGGAACUGGUGGAUCACAGGAUCAUAGAAUCAUAGAACGGUCGAGCUGGAAGGGACUCUGACGGUUAUCCAGCCCAAACCCACUGUCAAACAGCGUUUACUGUCAGAAAGUUCUUCCUGUUUAGUCAGAAUCUCCUUUCUUGUAACUCUCCAAUCUCCUCUCAUCCAGGCUAAAUGAACCCAGCUCCUUCAACCGUUCCUCAUCAGGCUUGCUUUCCAGACCCCUGAUCAUCUUGGUCGCCUUCCUCUGCACACGUUCCAGCUUGUC